UUUUCUGAGAUAUCUAGAGCUAUAAAAUAACUGAUUGUGUACUCUACUGUACUCUACCUGAAUGUGUACAAACAUUGUUUGCGAUGUCAUCAAAGGCCUUUUCAAAUGUUGUAAUUUUAUAAUUUCUAAACGAAAUACGAGAAAAUUUUAUGAAAAAAAAUUAAAAAUUAAGAAAUAACAUUAUAAGUUAUUUAAAGCAAACAAAUUUAUUGUGAACUUAAAUGUAGCGCAUUAAAUAACGCAGUUCUGCCUCUACUUAUCAGUGACUACAACAUUUGUUUUAAAUUCGAGCUCGGUCUAAUUAGUGACAGAUUAAAUAAACAAACCAGCGCAUUAGCUCAAAGUUACGAGAGUGAGCUUACCCGUCAAACUCAUCUCAUUCGCAGAAACUCAGUCAAAUUGUGCCCGUCGCUUGAGAAACUGUGACUAUGGCGAACUUACGUUGGAUUAGAAAUAUUGCAAUAUUCCUCAUACUGGCGAAUUUUUUGGUGUUUGCACUGUUGUUGGACUUGCCGGCCUUGCAAGGCUACGCGCAGCUUGCCGAACGAGUGCGCAUCUAUGAAACAAUGCGCGCUAAUAUCUUGGAGAAGGAGUCAAAUAACCAACUUGGCGGACGCGUGUUGCUUGACGCCAACGAACGCGUGGUCAAUGAGUUGAUCAUGUUGGAGAAGAAGCAUGAAUUGGAGUUGGGUUUGAAAAACAUAAGCCACUUUCAGGUGGCGCAACACUUCUUCCGCUCUUUUGAGAAAGUCGGUAAUACGACGCUCUUUCGAUACUUAAAAAUGAUGCCAAAAGGUGGCGUCUUGCAUGCGCAUGACAUGGCGCUGUGCAGCAGUGAGUUUCUGUUAUCGCUGACCUAUCAUGAGCAUUUAUGGAUAUGCGUCGUAAAGAGUGAGAUGCAAGAGUAUCAGAUGUUACGUUUCUCUUUGCUGCAGUCACAGAGCGAAGAGUCGUGCGAAUGGUCUUUGCUGAGCACCUUGCGACAGAGUACUCUCAGCGAUGUUGUCGAUAAGAAGUUGCUGGAGCAGUUGACUAUGUAUCCGCUGGAACAAUUCCCAAACGAGGAUGCAGUUUGGAAGCGUUUCCGUAGCACAUUUCGGCUCGUUGUGGGGCUCCUGACGUAUGCGCCAGUGUGGAGUGAGUACAUACAUAAAGCGUUGGAGGAGUUUUAUGCAGAUGGCGUGCAAUAUUUGGAAAUUCGUUCCGUCUUGCCGAUAUUGUACGACUUGAGUGGCGGCAACUACACCCUUUUGAAUACGACACGUGCAAUGCGCGAUGCUGAUUUGCGAUUUCGCGCUUCGUAUCCAGACUGGAUUGGUUCACGCCUGAUUUACGCACCGACGAGGAAAGUGUCUGACGCUCGCUUUGUAGAGUAUUUGGGCAAUGCGUUGCUGCUGAAGUCUCACUUCCCCGAUUAUUUCGCCGGCUUCGAUUUGGUCGGUUACGAAGAGGAGGGUCGGCCCUUACAUGACUAUACACGCGAGCUACUUACUUUGAAAGACGAUAUAAAUUUUUAUUUUCAUGCCGGCGAAACGAAUUGGUAUGGCACGAACAUCGAUGAAAAUCUACUCGACGCCGUUCUUCUCGGCACGAAACGUAUUGGACAUGGUCUGGCACUUCUCAAACAUCCCGAAGUAUUGCACUUGGCACGUUUACAAAACAUUGCAAUCGAAAUAAACCCGAUAUCCAAUCAAGUACUGCAAUAUAUUGGCGAUUUGCGUACACACCCCGCCGCGGUGCUCUUCGCCGUCAAUUAUCCUGUGGUCAUUGCCUCCGAUGAUCCCUCAUUUUGGAAAGCCACGCCUCUGACGCAUGACUUCUAUAUGGCGUUUAUGGUCAUCGCUUCGCGAAAAGCAGAUCUUGGCCUGUUGAAGCAGUUAGCUUCGAACUCGAUUACUUUCGGUGCCUUCAGCGGCAGUGAGCGUGAGGCAGCAUUCGAAAAGUGGCAUAAACGCUGGGACCAAUGGAUCGCCAAUAUAAAUUCUCAAUUGAAUUGUUAAUGUAAUGUGUGGGUGUAUUAGUAAAAUUUGUUAUGUAAAAAUUGAAAAAUCGUAAAUUCGGUGGUUACCAAAAAUAAAAAUGAAAAGGUGAGCCUUUGGCCAAGAAAGUGGCUCGGCUCUUUUGGGUGUUUAACACCAAGUAAUGUGUUUUUAGGAUAGAUAUCGUGUAAUACGAUGUAUUUACAUGCGGUGAUGUGAUAAGGUAACAUAGAAUAUAUAUAACGUGAUGUGAUCACAAUGUGAUGACAUUGUGCCACUUAAUAUUUUGCAGUUCGUUGUAAUGUUUUAUAGGUGCUAUUCUUAUAUGAGCUGUGAAGAUUAUUAAUGUGCUAUAACUUUAUGUAAUAUAAAUAGCAGUAUGUGAUGUGAUGAUAUGGAUUGCGUUAUAUUGAUUUUUAGAUGUAGUGAUUUAAUAUUUUCUUACUCGAUAUAAAUUAUGUGAAGCUAUAAUUUAUGUUUCGAUGUUGUGUGCUGUUUGAUUUUAGAGAUGUGAUAUGAUAUUGUUUUUAUGAAAUGCGAUAUGAUAUUUUAUAGGUAAUGUGAUAUGUUGAUAUUCAUAUAUAUGGUACAUUUAUAAUAUGUAUGAAUGCUUACUUGAUACUGUGAAAUUAUAUGUAGAGUGUUGACCAGAUGGAGUCCAUGCAUAAAUAUUUUACGAAGCCAUUAAAAUUAUUUUAUACCUAUAUAGUUUUUGAUUAUACCAAAAUUAUUUUUAUACUCUUGCAACAUGUUGCUACAGAGUACAAUAGUAUUUUUUUUACCUAACAGUUAUUUGUAUCACCUUAAACUACUCGAUAUAGAUAUAGAGUAAUAUAAAUGUAUAUGGUAUUUAAAUGAUCAGGAUGACGAGACGAGUUAAAAUGCGGAUGGCUGUCAGUCUGUGCAAGCGAUAACUUGAGUAAAAAUGGAGAUAUCUGGAUAAAACUUGGUGCUCAUAUUCCUUGUCACCCAGGGAUGUUGGAAUUGCAAAUAGGUGGAACCUGACCAUUGCCACGCCCACAAAACGCCAUUAAAUGAAAACUUUUAAAGUGCCAUUACUAAGCCAAUUAGACAAACUAAGAUGCAAAACUGUAAUUUGAUACAGGAGAUCGCGGUAGCCAGUGAUACCUGUGGGCUAAACAUAUUUUAAAAGUGGACGUGGCUCCGCUCCCUAAAUGGUUUAAUGUACAUAUCUUUCGCUUAAUCUAUAUCAACCUAACUUGCUGAGAAGAAGUGAUUUUAUCACCUCGAAAUCGGAUGGUAACCACCUUUAAAUUCUGUCUGAUUCUUUCACUUUACAGUAUACAAAUCAAACAUCAAUAAAGUUAUCUGAAUAAAACUUUGCAAAAUAGUGCCCUCAAGAUACUUCAUCUUACGUCCAAAAAUUGUCGAAAUCGCACUGGGUAAAAGCAGGGCAAUACUUCCCUUAGCUCCCAUAUACCUAAUAUAAAUAUAUAUUUAAUUUCGAACCUCCUUUUCACUUUAUACUGCAUCUAUCGGUCAAUAUGUAAUGAAAUCUUAAUGAAAUUCAGAAAAAACUUUCUCUAAUAACAGUGGAUCCUCUUUCCUUAAAUGAAUGAAAUCACGACGAUACCUUCCGUAGUAUGAUAUAAAGUUUUGCCAAAACCUAAAGGUGUUUUUGUUUUGGAAUUAGCCGAUAUAAGAUAUAUAGUGAGAAUAUUAUAUCAAAACCGAUUAAAUCCCUCUCCAAAAUAGUCUAAUUUUUGCUAAAUCCAAAGUAUUGCUUAUCAAUGCCAAUUUUGCUCUAAGGGACAUUUUCGGUCGAACACAUGGCUGAAAGGCUUAUCAGUCACAUUCUAGGUUAACCUUGUUAUAUAACCUGUCUUUAUAUUUAAGCAAGUACCUAUUAGCGCAAUGUUUAUCUUAUCGACAAGUAAUAUACAAUUCUGCUAUGCCUAUUAGUGUUUAUCAUAAACACUCGAAGGGGUUUUACAAAAGUAUACCCACAUACAUACAUAUUGUAUAUGCAAACUGGCCGAUAAGAUGGCAUAAGCCUGAACUAAAAUGCUACUAAAAUUCAUUCAUUUGUAGAUUACCGUCGCUCUUCAACAGCAGACGCCUUAAAAUUCAAAGCGAUAACUUCCCAGUUCGAGUUCGAAAGACGUUCAACGUAUACGUAAAUUACGGGAAGUGCUCCCGAAAACAAGUGUCUCGUCUUGCAGCAGUUUAUUUGAGGUCAGCUCUCGAGAUGUUUCAAAUUUGUUCGCGUUUAAUGCUUGUCGCGUGUUUCUGUAGCGUCGUUUUGGCGCGCUUCCAUACACGUAGCCAAUUGGCAGCAUCACAUCUGGCUACUUAUGCAUAUAGGCCUGAUGGCAGUGUACGCAAUAAUCGUCCGACACCGGAGGCUUAUAAUGCUGAACGCAGCUCUUUUUUUCGCGAUGAGGAGUCCAAGGGACUGGGCGCAGAUAUUGAGUUGAAUGAUCGCGAACUGCUUGCAAAUCAAAUCAUUAUGGCAGCCAAGACGUACGAGUAUGAGGAAGGAAUUGUGACGCCACAUCUCUUCAAACCGUCUAAACAUUUUUUCAGCGUAUUAGAGGACAUAGCUAAGAUGCCGCUAUUCGCGUACCUGCAGGCAAUGCCGAAGGGAGGUGUCCUGCAUGCACACGAUACAGCCAUGUGCAGCACAGAUUUUUUGAUCGAGCUCACAUAUCGUGAGAAUUUGUGGGCUUGUGAAAGUAGCGGCAGUUUGGAAGUGGUGUCAUUGCGUUUUUCCAGAACUAAACCGACACUUGCAGUCGAUGGUGCCAAUUGCGCGUGGACGUUGUUAGCAGAGAUACGUGCCAGACAUGGCGCUGCAGCGGUAGACGAGUUUUUACGCGAACACCUCACUCUGUACCCAACAGAGAAGUUCUUGGACAAUAAUGAGGCAUGGAAGAGCUUUAUGGAGAUAUUUUCCUUGUUGGACGGUUUACUUACUUAUGCCCCCGUUUGGGCUGAUUACUAUUACAAUGCGUUGAAGGAGUUUCGUGCGGAUGGCGUGCAAUACUUGGAAUUCCGCAGCACACUGCCGCAGCUCUAUGAUUUGGAUGACGGAGAAUAUACUGAACUCGACACAGUGCGCAUCUACAAAGAAACGUUAGAAAGAUUUAUGAAUGAAUAUCCGGACUUUAUCGGCUCGAAAAUGAUAUAUGCGCCAAUAAGAAAUGCAAGCCCGGAAACGGUUGAGCAAUAUAUACGUAUCUGCAUCGAGAUCAAGGCCACAUAUCCCGAUUUCGUAGCUGGCUUCGAUUUGGUUGGUCAAGAGGAGCUCGGCCGUCCACUGAAAGAUUUCAUACCACAAUUACUUAGCAUACCUGCCGAUAUUGACUUCUACUUCCACGCCGGGGAAACGAACUGGUAUGGUGCUGCCGUUGAUGAAAACCUAAUUGACGCUGUCUUGCUCGGUACUAAGCGUAUUGGACACGGCUUCGCGCUCACUAAACAUCCGCUCGUCUUGCAGGCGCUGAAAGAGCGCAACAUUCCCGUCGAGAUUAAUCCCAUAUCUAAUCAAGUCUUGCAACUCGUCACCGACUAUCGCAAUCAUCCCUGUUCACAUUUAUUUUCCAACAACUUUACAGUUGUGAUCUCCUCAGAUGAUCCGUCAUUUUGGCGUGCAACACCACUCUCACACGAUUUUUAUAUUGCCUUCUUAGGUAUAGCGUCGGCACAUGCCGAUAUGCGUUUACUAAAGAAAUUGGCGAUCAACUCGCUGGUGUAUAGCGCCUUAAAUGAGCAGCAACAAGAAGUGGCACUACAGAAGUGGCAAUUGCAAUGGGAUGAAUUCAUUGAGAAAAUCAUCGAGGGCGAUACAGCUGGGGCUGUUGGUCGGUUGCAGACGAAUCGGAUCGAUUGACUAGCACGGGUGGUGGCGGCGUUAAUAUUGUUGCCCGGUGGGCUCAUGCGUGUGAUGAGUUGGCUGUGAGAGUUGCCGUGUAUUGUGCGGCAAAACAAGAGUGACAGGAUUAUUUGGAAAAGGAAGCGCAUGUGUAGUGGUGACAAUUACGUCAGUCGGUUAUUAAACAUAUAAUAUAUAUAUAUGUUAUAUUUAUAUAUGUAUAUAUAUUAUAUAUAUACGUUUAUUUCAAAAAAAUUAUUUUUAAAAUAUGAAGAGAUUCUUUACAAAGGCAUUAUAUUUGAAAUCGGGGACUGCCGUUCAAGUUAGUUAGUUUUUGUAUUUAUAUGGAACUCGAGGCCUCGAAGCUUGAUGAUUAAUCUCUCGAUUAUUUUUAAAACAAAAAUAAAAGCGUUGAGUAUUAUGGUGACAUUCCUAUGAAAAUCAUAUAAUUAUAGUAUUUAUAUAUACACAUAUAUAAAUAUAGAUUAUGUAUAUCUUUAGGUAAAGCAGUAAGCUGUAGAUAGCUUUUCAACUAUAAACAGAAAGUUAAAAUUUAAUACUGUAGGGGAACUUUAAGAUUAAUAUAAUAUUUAUAUAACUAUUAAAAUAUGCAGAUUUUUGAUUAGACAAAUAAUAUAAUAAAUAAGCACCGUUUAUUUAUACAAGUAAAUUAUAUGAAGGUAAUUUAAUUUCAUACAAAGAGCCUAAAUUCCUCUUGAUAUUGUUUUUUUUUUUAUUUAUAAAUAUGUAAUUUAAUAUUUUAGAAAGUAAUGUAUAAAUAUUAUAUAUUGACAAUGAGUGCUUUCCAUAGCAUUUCCAUAUACAUACAUAUUCAUUAAUAUUAAGUGUUUUUUAUUUUAAAUAGUAUAAUUAAAAUUAAACCAUUUCUACUUCUUUCAAUUAAAAUUAUUUUUGAACUAUGUCCAGUUUUGCAAUUAUUUGGGAAGAAAAGAGAAAAAAAUGUAUACUUCCUAGCACUCUAAUUUAACGUGACGCUAGUUCGAAUAGUCGAAAAAUGGACGAGACUUUUUUAAGAAGAGGAGAGAGAAAUUUUAUUGGAAGUCUUGGUGAGUUAGUAUGGUAUAUACAUAGGCUUAUCUACAGCUAUAUAUCAGUUACCGAAAUAGCAGCGUUCCAUUUUCUUACUUAUAGUUAUACAUAUAUAAUUCAUACUUGUAAAUCAGCCGGUCUUAUCCCGCGUUCAAGCUGUUUUUUUUUCCAAAACACCAAUAGCUCUUGGUAAGCUGCUUAGCUAUUAUUUUGAUUUAUAGAUUUAGUGGCGAUAUAUUGACAGAGCUUUGCAGGGGAUUAUACAUAUUAAAGAGGAAAUAACGAUCAUAUAUGAACAUCUACAUAAUUGCUAUCAGUAACUAAGCCUAUACAUACAUACAUACACUAUUGAUUAUUUACCAACGAGCAUAUUAAGAAUGUUUUCACAUGUCUUUACAGACUUCUAAAGCAUUAGUGUUUUAUAUUUUGAAAAUUAUUUAUACAAUUUUUGUUUAUUUAAAUUUUUUCUCUCGUCAGAAGUGACUCUCCUUGGGUUGCUACUUACAAGGGACUUAGCAUCGAUUUCGAAGCAAUAUAAUUGAAUGCAUUCGACAACGAAAAUCCAUAAAUUGAAAUUUCUGCCCACACGCACAGCAGCAUUUAAGCGCUCUGAAGGAAUUAGCAGUUUUGCUUUCCUCUAUCAAAAUUUGCAGCAUUGACCUCUCUAUCGCUCCGCAUGGUCUUUGAGCUGGGAAGUAGUCGAGUGGUUGUGCACGAUUGACCACACAGCUGUGGUGAGUACUUGUCCGACUUAUUUACACUUUUUGAGUGAGUAUCCAAACUCCUCAGCUGCAGAUGUGCAAAUGCAUAUAUGAGUGCGUAGAUAACAUUCCGGUAGGAAAAAUCUACAGUUUCAAAAUUUUUCUACGUAUAAUGAAAUAACUAAUUUUUUUUUUUGCUGUUUUUUCACCUUUGGCUAAAGUGAGCCAGGUUUGAUCCAUAGAAGUAACUGCACAUUUUUUUGAUAUCGAGUGGUAAUUUUCAAUAAAUCAAGGUUAAGUCUGCUGGCAAGUGAGCCAGUAUUGAGAGCAGCCCUACUGGUAUGAAAUAUUUAUAAAAUGGAGCUCGGCCAGAUCUAGAGCGCCAAUUGAACUGGUCUGCGUGCAAGCAAAGGAAAAUAUUUAUGUGUGUGUUUGAUAUGCAAAAUGCUGGUAUCUUCAGGCAACUAUUUUGCCAACACUUAACGGCACAGACCUACAUGUAUAUUUAUAUAUCGCUAUCACACAUAUGCAGGCAUUUCAAUGCAAUGGACAUUCGAGGUCAUCGAGACGUCGGGAUGGUUCUGCAUCUAAGUAUGCUCUACGAACGAUAAAUACGAAUCAUGUAUAAUAUUUAUGUAUGAUUGUGUGUGUAGGAAAAUGUGCCGAAAUUCAUUUGCUUAUUUCAAAUUUCUAGCUAAAUUUCGUUGAGCGGCUGGACCUUUAUCUCGUCCAUACUCAGAAAUGCAAUUGCAUUUAAGUGUGUGGAAAAAUGAAAAUAUUUCAAAGUUCUGUGAAAUUCGAAAGGUUAUUGAGAGAACAGAUUAUUUUUGUUUCUGUUUGCAGUAUCAACCGCAUUCCAAUUGGUCGAUGGGGUUUCUGGGGUGAAUUACGUUAAAGUAGCAAGUUUAAACAGUUUGCUUGUGAAUUCAUUUCUAUUGAAACAGUGCUAACCAAUUAGGUUAUAUACGUUUUAAAAGAAGCAUAGCGGGACCAGAACAUAUUAAAGCACGGUGGUUAUUUGGAAUACUCAAUUCUACUAGAUGUUCUAAAAAAACACAUUUUUGGAAUCAAUCAAAAUACUAUAAAAUAGUUCUAGCUAUUGAUCGAUUUAGGCGCAGUGGUCUUGUACAUGAGUGUAACAUUACAUUUGAGCUAUUUUUAAACAAGGAUUAAUGCAGACCAAAACUAUAUAAAUUCAUUAUAUUUUAUUUCCGCUGACAGGUUUUUAUAAAAAUUUUACAUAAAUACGUUUCAUGUAAAACGUUUCUAACAAGAACAGAAGUCGCAGUUCUGUUUCUAACUUUGUAACAGAAACAUAAUUUAGUAUGUUAUCUGUUUCUAAGUUAUUCUGUUAUAUGCAGUUUU